AUGAGACUGAAAACAAAGCAGAAGAGCGUCCGCAAGGUCAUGGAGAACCGCUCCCUUCAGGAUGAAGAGCGUGCCAACACUGUUGAGGCCCAACUUAAGGAGGCUCAACUCCUCGCUGAGGAGGCUGACCGCAAAUACGAUGAGGUCGCCCGUAAACUCGCCAUGGUUGAGGCUGAUCUUGAGAGAGCUGAGGAGCGUGCUGAGGCCGGAGAGAACAAGAUCGUCGAGCUUGAGGAGGAGCUCCGCGUCGUCGGAAACAACUUGAAAUCUCUUGAAGUUUCUGAGGAGAAGGCCCUCCAACGUGAGGACUCAUACGAGGAGCAGAUCCGUACCGUCUCAUCCAGACUGAAGGAGGCUGAGACCCGCGCUGAGUUCGCUGAGCGCUCCGUUCAAAAGCUCCAGAAGGAGGUCGACAGACUCGAAGACGAAUUGGUGCACGAGAAGGAACGUUACAAGACCAUCUCCGAGGAGCUCGACUCCACCUUCCAGGAGCUCUCCGGAUAUUAA